GCAUCGAAGUGUAAAAAAAGGAAUGUUUAAAUGAGAAAAACAGAGAGAGAAAGCAAUCGGUUGUUAAAAAAAAAGGAGAGAGAGAGAGAGAGAUCUGGCGGAGAAGGAAACCAAAAUUGAUUAUAACUUCCACCACCACCACCAAAUCUUCCUUCCUCUCUCUCUCAUUCUCCUUCAGAUCGGAAACCCUAAAUUCAAAUUUCGAGAUUUGCCUCUGUUCCUUCUCUGCAAUCAACGAUUUCGGAAUGGUAAUCAACAACAAAAAGAGGGAUUGAAAUUGAAAUUGAAAUUGAAGUCGCUCGUAAUUGUCAAAUGGCAUCAGCUCAGGUUAAGCCUAGCUCCCGGAGGCAGGAGGUCGCCGAAGCUGGACGCCGUAAGCUUGAGCAAUUCCGGAAGCAAAAAGCUGCCAAAAAGGCCGCAUCAUUGAGCACACAGCCUGUUGAUGAUAAAACUGUCCCUGAUUCUGAUGGAGAUGUUGCAGCAUCCACCUUGUUUAAUGGACCACCUCCACGAGUUGAAACCCAACCCAAGUCAGAUGUAUAUAAUUUAUCAUCUAAGGAUGUAAGCAAAGAAAGAGGCCAGAAAGAUGAGUCUUUGAGCACAUCUGGUUUCUCUAGUAGCCUAGAGUUGAGAGGCGGUGCUCAAGUUGUACCUUUUAGCAAUAUAGACAAGCAAUCGAGUGGAAGUUUCGAUCAAAGUGAUGGGUUUCCCAAAGGCACCUCUCCUUUUUCUGAAACCACCCUGCUUUCAACCUCCAUGCAAAUGCACGGCAUCUCAUCCAGAAAAGACUCUCUACAACCUACUACCAGGAUGGCAGGGUCUACUCACGAAGUUGAUAAACACCAACAGGGAACUGGUGAGCUAAGAGGAGGUAGCAGCAUCGUGCAGAAGCCAACUUUGUCUAGCAGUUAUUUGUUUAGUUCCCCGGAAACAUCAUCUUCGGAUUAUAGUGUAAAUCUCACGAGCUCUUCGCCCUUGUACUCAGCUACAAAUGAAGCAAGUGUGAAGAGAAAUCGUCCAUCUUUCCUUGAUUCCCUUAAUAUUUCUAGAGCUCCAGAGACUCAAUAUCAACACCCUGAGAAGGAGGCGGAUUUGGCUACACCAAGUGGUUCCCAGCUAACUGGCGGUGAUGGUUUUGGGCUAUCUUCACGCCAGCAUGUAUCAGGGAAAAUAGACAGCAAUGGACCAUCAUCGACAGGCGGAGCAGCUGGUUCUCCUUAUCAAUUUGAAAAUUUCAGGAGUCCUUUGUUCCCUGUUGCCAAUGGAGUAAUGACAGGUUUUACUGAUUACUCCAUGCCAAAACAAAAUGAUGAUUUUAGUAGUCUGGAACAGCAUAUUGAGGAUUUGACACAAGAAAAGUUCUCACUCCAAAGGGAUCUAGAUGCUUCACGUGCUCUGGCAGAAUCCUUAGCAUCUGAAAACUCUUCGCUGACAGACACUUAUAACCAGCAGAGAAGUAUUGUCAACCAACUAAAAGAUGAUAUGGAGAAGCUACAGCAACAGAUUCAAGAACAAAUGGCGGAACUUGAAUCCUUCAGGAUUGAGUAUGCAAAUGCACAGCUCGAAUGUAAUGCUGCUGAUGAGCGUUCCCAAAUACUGGCUGCUGAAGUCAUCAGUUUGGAAGAUAAGGCUCUCAGACUCAGAUCUAGUGAGUUAAAGCUGGAGAGGGAACUGGAGAAUGCACAAGCAGAAAUGUCAUCUUACAAGAAAAAAUUACAGAGCGUAGAGAAAGAUCGCCAGGACUUACAAUCUACUAUUAAAGCUCUGCAGGAAGAGAAGAAGGUUCUACAGACUAUGGUGCAGAAAGCUUCCUCUGGUGGAAAAUCUACUGACCUUGGUAAAAGCUCUACUAGCAGGAAAAACGCAUCAACCUAUACUGAAGGUCUUGAUGCUAUGUCAGGGAGCUCUAACCAGGAAACAGAUUCGACAUCUCUACUCGAAAGUGAUUCGUCUAAUACCGCUAUCAUUCCUGAAACUGGACAAUUAACUCUUGAAGGAUUUUCAUUGAGCAUUCCAGCUGAUCAGAUGCGAGUGAUUGAUAACAUUAAUACAUUGAUAGCUGAGUUGGCAAUUGAAAAAGAGGAACUGGUGCAAGCAUUGUCAUCUGAGUUAUCUCGAAGUGCGCAUGUGAAGGAGUUGAAUAAAGAGCUAUCCAGAAAACUUGAAGUGCAGACGCAAAGGUUAGAGCUCCUAACAGCAAAGAAUAUGGCGAUAGACAAUGUUUUACCUGCAAUGCAGCCGGAUUCUAAUGUUGUUCAAGAGAGACCACCGAUUGCAGAUGAGGGCGAUGAGGUGGUGGAAAGGGUUCUUGGAUGGAUCAUGAAGAUGUUCCCAGGAGGGCCAUCGAAAAGAAGGACGAGCAAGCUACUCUAAUGCACGAAUUUGCUCAGCCUUGACCCUUCUUGCCAUUCUGUACAUCCCGGCAUAAGCCAUGGACCGCUCGCUAUUGCUUCCUUCUCUCUUUUGUUUUGGAAGACUUUUUGGAUAUUUGAUCCGGAAUUUUGGGUUUCAUUGGAUUUAUGUGAAGUCAAGAAAGACAGCAGAAAAUGGUAUAGUGAGACAGAGACACGUUUAUAUGAGUGUUCGUUUUUGUUUUACUUGAAUUUUUGUAAUUGUUGAUUAUAGUCAAGGUUAAAGGUGUUCCAGGCAAUAUACUAAUUACAGAAAAAGACCGGUUUGGUUUUGGAUA